CGACCUUUUUUGUUGCCAUGUUUCUAUUGGCUAAUUGUUACGGUUUUUCCAUCGUGAUUUUGAACCGCUCGUUUAUGAACAAACCUCAUACAAAGAGCGGUCUAAUUGUGCGUGCUUAUUUUGAUUUUUACAUCGGUAUAAAGAGAGUAAUCAUCAGCAUGCCUGUGUCAGAAAUAAGUUGGACAUUACCAUCACAGCCUUGUUUUCAGCUGUAUGGUACCAAAAGGAAAAACACUGACAAAGAAGAACAAGUGAUACAAGAUUCAUUGGUUAUUCCAUAUGCUAAAAAGAUGUGCUUUUUACCAUUAGAACAAGGUCAAAGGAAUCAACAAAGUAUAGCUAAAAAUGAAUGGCUAGAAAACUCAAAGAACUUAGAGCAUAACGGCUCAAACACACAGCAUGUAAAUAUUGUUAUGCAACAAACACAAUGCACAGAUACUCAAGCAAAUGAAAAUUCUAUAGAAAUGAUGGACAGUGAUGUUGCAAUGGAAGAAACAUCUUUGAACAAUGAGCAAAUUCAACAUAUAAAUUCCUAUCAACAGCAGCAUCUAAAACAACAAGAACUUGGACAACAGAGAGAGCUUCUUAUCAAGCGUACUGAAAAAUUGGAAGAACAACUUAAGUUUAUACAAGAACAAGGUGUUGAGAGCAAUGAUUACUGGGCAGCGCCCUCUGACGACAGUCGGCUUACCAUGCAGGAUGAAUUAGAACAGGCAAGAAUACAAAUGGAGUCAGAUUUUUCUCCAGAUCCCUACCAGUAUAGUUACCAUUCUGGUCCAGAUGCACUUCCACUUAUGGGGUAUGAUGUUAAAAGCAAAGUACGCUGCUAUUGCAAACCUACGUGGGAGGGUGUAAUGAGCCAAAACUGCUUUAUGUGAUGAUGAUGAUACACUGAAAUAAUAUUAGAUAUAUCAGCUGGUUUCAUAAGCAUUGCAUUAUGGACCAAGAGUGUAAACUAUAAAUCCUAAAGGUAUUACUUAUAUAAAGUAGGGAUUUAUGCUCAAGGCUAGGCCUUAGUGCAUGUUUGAAGGCCUAAAAAGGGGACAUAGGUUUGUAAGGACAAAAAGGUGCAUGCUUCGAAGCCUAAGAAUGCAAUGUCAAAUUUAAUACGUUUUGUAGUAAUUAUGUAAAUUAUAAAUUGAGAUUUACUGCUGUAGCUGGAUACUUGUAGCAAUUACUUUCUUACCUAUCAGUGCUGUGAAUAUUUGUGUUUUCUACAUCAAAGGCCAAGAAUGUGACCUUUCUCAUUUAUAAAUUCAAAUUAGAAACUAAUUUACCGUACUCACGCGGAUAAGCGCCCAGGCGCUUAAAAUAAUUUUUUUUUGCACUUUUUGAGGGGCGCUUAUUCGAGAGGGGCGCUUAUUCACGCGAGUACAGUAUAUUUUUACUUGUCUAAAGUGCAUACAGUACCUUUGUGUGUUAUAGAUGUAAUGUUUUCAUUACAUGGAUAUUCCAAUCAUUUUUUAGUAUUUUCUUUUAUAAAUAGUUUUAGAUUUGAAAAAAAAGUCAACCAUUUGUCUUUAUUUAUACAUGUUUUAAAGGCUAUAAUCUUUGAUACCAAUUUUUAAGUUUCAUAAUACCGUACUAUACACUACUGUAGUUUAAUUUAAUACUACUGUAUAUGAUAUUUUCACUAACAUGUAACAGUAAAAAUUGGUUUUUAUUGAAUGUUUGAUACAGUCACACCAGACAGGUUUAUACUGUAAUAACUUAUGUUACAUGUACAGUACAAUGUUGUAUUUAUUUCUAUAGUAGUAAUAGUACUGUACAUUAGUUCAGGAACGAAUAACCUUUCCCUGGGGUCGGUAGCAACAUAUUUAAUGGUUUGAUUGCGAGUUGAAAAAAACCCUCAUUCCUGUGCUGGUCACAUUGUUUUUGCCAACCACUGAAAAAGGGGUGCCAAGUCCAGUAGGAGUCUCCCAGAAGUCAACAUGUUUCCCCCACUCCCUUGAACAAGCAAAAGUCUAAAGCAGCCUAAUCCACCUUCUGUAAGUUCGGAAUGUUUGCAUAUUGUUUUUUUACUAUGGUGUUAUUAAUAAUCUUUCCUUGAAGUCAGCUUAAAAAAAAAAAAAAAAUGUGUUCUGUACUAUAUAUAUCACCAAACAUUUAGUAAUAGUCAUUUUAUAGUGCAGGGGUGGCACCAGGAUUGGCCCGGCGGAGGUCUGAUGACAAGAACAAAGUGGGUUUGGUCGGGUGUCGCUUAAAAUCUUCUGAAAUUGGUCCUUGGGGCGAAGCCCCAAAGUUGAUGACAAUUUUGGGGUUUCAAAUGCUUAUUUAAUCGAUUUUAGAGUCAACCCACAUGUAGAAAAAAUGCUUAUUUAAUCGAUUUUAGAGUCAACCCACAUGUAGAAAAUACAUUAUUUUUUCUCCCAAACGGAGGGCCCAGUUGGUGCCACUCCUGCUUUAGUGUUUUGUCUGAGUAUUUUUCUGUGUGUGACACUAUUAUUUUAUUGUUUACUUUUAUUUUUGUGGUGCUUACUAGCUAGCAAACAUAGUAUAGUGCAGUGCAUUGUGUUAGGUAUAGUGUAUUUCACAAUACAUUUAGUUACCUUUUAUAAAUUCCAAAGAUUAUAAUGUUCAUGUGAACAUGAUAUAAUGUGCCUCACUCUGUUCACAUUGCAUACCAGUAAACAUUUUGAAUAUUGGAUUAUAUUUUGAAAUUAUUAAUUGAUAUUGUUGUAAUUAUUACUGUAUAAAGAAAUUCAUAUCGGUGUAUUAAUAAUGUUAUUCUCUUGCGUACUUGGUUUGACUGCAGUGUGUUUGUUCGCCUUGUUCUAAAUACAAUUCUAACUUGCCUGGGUUGUUUUUAUUUGAGCCAGUGAGAUAAUCCACUUAUUGUGUGUGACAGUUCUGUUUUUUUGUAGUGCUUACUACCUAGCAGAUCUUGCAUAGUGACAUGCAUAACAUAAACAUUCACAAAUAAGUAAAUUGACAAUAGCACAUACAGUAAAUGUUCCACUGUUAGUGUUGGGUGCUACAAAUGAUUGAUGAUUGUAUCAAUUGAUUAUUAAUUAUAAUGCAAAUUAGAA